AAAGUUUAAUGUUUAUUUAUUGACUUCUUCAUAACUGAAGAGUGAUAAAGUGCUAUGUAAACGUUAGGGUCCAAAGUCCUUCCCUACAAAUCCACGUUUAUCAAGUUGGUGUAUACAUGGACUUUGAACACAAACAGUUGGAUUGUCUAUCUAUAAGAAUAUUUAAGAUACAGUUCCUGUUUACCUUAAUUUAGCCUUGUAACACAUCAGUCUGUGGCUGACACUAGUUCAGAUGUCUAGACUCAGAAGGAUAAACAGGUUCAUCUGAAAGGAUGAGUGUAAGACAUAGUGUCAGGAGGCUGUGGCCAUCCUGUAGAGGGGCAAUAACUCUGGCAAGUCAUCCAUGCAGACCAUGCCUGGGAGCUCUAGCAUGUACAGACCCAAGGAAGGCAGGAAUACAGAUCAACAGUGGACAGAUGUUUCCGACAACUUGCUUCAGAGUGUAUUGUUCAAGCUCUGCUUUCCCAGAAAAGAAUAAAGAAAUAAAAGUUUUAGCUGAAGAUGGAGGUCAAAAGGUGAAGAUAACUUGGAAAAAUGGUACAGAAUCAAUCUUCCAUAGCAUUUGGUUGAGAAACAACUGUCAUUGUCCUGAAUGUAAGCAGGAUCACUCAGGUCAGAAGCUGAUGGACGUUGGUCAGAUAAGAUACGACACGACAGUCCAAAAAGUCACAAUGUCAGGUGACAGUAAACUCAAAAUACUAUGGUCCGAUAAACACAGCGGAGAGCUGCCCCUGGAUUUUCUUGUAGAGCAUGGCUACUCUGAUCUGACCAAUGAUUUUAGGCCUUCUACCAUGGUCAGCAAGCCAAAGUCCUACCCCACACUGGACUUCUCUAAAGUCAUGUCUGGACAACAAGGAGUUCUUCAGUGGCUAAGAGAUCUGAAUGAAUAUGGUGUCUGUUUGUUGAAGAAUGUGCCAUUAGAAGAGGGAAUGGUUUGCAAGACAGCAGAAUUAAUUGCACCGGUACAACAAACCAUUUAUGGGAUUCAGUUUGAUGUGAUUAGUAAGCCAAGUCCUAUCAAUGUGGCGUACUCCUCUGUCGGCCUUGACUUCCACAUGGAUCUCAUUUACUACGAGUCGGCCCCGGGCCUACAGCUUCUACACUGCAUGAAGUUUGAUGAAUGUGUUGAAGGAGGGGAGAGUACUCUUCUAGAUCUCUUUUAUGUUGCUGAAGUUUUCAGAGAAUCAAAUCCUGAUGAAUUUCACACCCUCACACAAAUACCGACCACAUUUCAAAAAAUCCACUAUCAGAGGGAAAAUCCCGUUCACAUGGUGUAUCAGAAGCCCAUCAUAUCACUCAACCACAGAGAGGAGAUCACCAGUAUAAGCUGGGCUCCUGCAUUUGAAGGUCCUUUGUCUGUAAGACCAGAGGAUGUUGAACCCUACUACAAAGCCUAUCACAAAUUUGCUGAAGCAAUUAAAAAUUCAUCUGCAAAGCUAGAGUUCAAAAUGGUACCCGGUGAUUUGCUUUCCUUUAACAACAGAAGAGUUCUACAUGGAAGAAAUGCAUUCACCUUAAAUGGGGGAGGGCGACAUUUGCAGGGUUGUUAUGUAAACAUUGACGAGUACAAGAGUAAAUUACGAGUACUGUCCACUCUGUUGAAGGACAAGAGGCCGGUCAAACAAGUCGGAAAUCAGUGCUGGUGUGAAGACCUAGUUAAGAUGUAUGAGCCAGAUCUCACAUGUGAUACAUUCAUUGUAAAGAACCACACUCAGAUUGACUUCACUAAUGGGGAAUAUGGAGGCAUACCCUUUAAUUUAAUCAUCAAUUCUGUUGGGUGGUUGUUGCUCAUCUUGUUGUUCGCGGUGUUGAGGAAGUUUGCCUGGGACUACGGAAGGAUUGCUCUAGUCAGCAGAACAGAGGAAAAUGCAAAUUUGACAACCAACAGCCAAUACAAUGUGUGGACCUCCCUGUUUUAUGGUGACCAUGACGAUGACGACAAAAACAAAACCCAGGGGUCAGUGGAAUCUUUGGAUGCUCACAUACAUAAACAUGACAGUAAUAUCUGCUCCUGGAUCCCAGCUUUCUUCAGAGUCAAAGAUUCAGACAUCUUGAAGAAGAGUGGACAGGAUGCCAUUCAGUAUUUGUCGUUCCAGCGUUACCUGAUUAUUUACACCACGAUAGUGAUGGUGCUGUCUGUUGUCAUCAUUGUACCCGUCAACUUCUCCGGUAACAACAUUGGAAAUGCAACAGAUUUUGGGCAUACAACCAUUGGGAAUUUAGAUCCAGAUUCUCCGCUGCUGUGGGUCCAUGCUGUCCUAGCUGUGGCCUUCCUGAUUUUAUUGGUCGGUCUGAUGCGACAUUUCCGCGUUAAUCUUCAGUAUCAGGAGGAUGAGCAGGUGUCAAGGACACUGAUGAUCUCAGGGAUCCCUAAAAACCAGUGCUACAAAAACCAGAUCACCCAGCAUUUUGAGGAAGCAUACCCCGAAGCGAGUGUGGUUGAUGUCCAGUUUGCCUACAACAUCGCAGAGUUAGUGAAACUGGAUGAAAAUAGGAGGGUAGCAGAGGAAGCUUUAAAAAAUUCUAAAAUUGAGUUUGAGAAGACAGGAAUUCGUCCAACCAUGACACCGGUCACCUGUGGACAGUGUUGUUGCUGCUGUGCUGCCUGUGGGUGCAAAGAGGUGGAUGCCAUUGAGCAUUAUGAAUCAGUGGCCAAAAAAUACCGGGAAAAGUGUGAGAAAGAGAAGGUAACUGCUUAUCAGGAUCCAGCGGGGAUAGCCUUCGUCACCUUCUACACUGACCUAAUGGCUGCAAGGGUGAGGAGUGAUUUUGAGGGUACAUGUAAAGGCAGCAGUAACCCCCAGAACUCCUCCCUCAACCAGAAGCUGGGGGUAUGGAACUGGAGUGUUCACUAUGCCCCCUCCCCAGAAAAUAUCUACUGGGAAAACAUUUCUAAGUCACGCUGGAAGUGGUGGAUGAUGGCUAUCAUCGUCAAUGUCAUCCUUGUCGUCAUCCUUUUCUUCUUCACCACUCCUCUAAUCAUCAUCAACACCCUCAACCAACUGGAGUACCUCAAACCGCUAGAGGAACAUAGUCCACUGUUGGUCCAGUUCUUGCCCACCUUGUUGCUGUGGACAUUCUCAGCUUUACUGCCCAAUGUAGUGUACUACUCUGACUCCACAUUUAUAGGACACUGGACUAGAACUGCUGAGCACCAUGCUAUAAUGGUCAAGUCCUUUAUAUUCCUGAUUCUGAUGGUACUUAUCCUUCCCUCACUAGGAUUAACGAGUACCAAGGCUUUAAUUCAGUGGUUUGUCCUGGAUAGAGACUCAAAUUUCCGUUGGAAGUGUAUAUUUUUAGCAGGACAUGGCGCUUUCUUUGUUAACUAUGUGAUAACUGCAGCUUUUAUCGGGACAGCUUUAGAAUUAAUUCGAUUUUCUGAACUCUUCAUGUACGGUCUCAAGUUGUUACUGGCUCACUCGGCCGCUGAGAAAACAGCUGUCAGGAAGUCUGUGCUGUGGGAGUUUCAGUAUGGUAUACAGUAUGCUUGGAUGUUGUGUGUGUUUGCUGUACUUAUGGCCUACAGUCUUCUGUGUCCACUGGUAGUUCCUUUUGGUUGGGUGUACAUGAUUCUGAAGCAUGCAGUAGACAGAUAUAACAUUUACUUUGCCUACAAACCGUCAAAGAUAAACAAGAAGAUUCAUUACACCGCCAUUAACUUUGUCAUCGUAGCCACCAUACUCCUACAGUUCAAUGUCGUCUUCUUCACAGCUCUCAGAUCAGAGGCUGUAAAUCCAGUUUUUGUCUUCUCCUCGGUGGCCCUCUUUAUCUCCAUUGUUAUGUUCGUCGGCCGCGCCUUCUUUGGAUGGUUUAAAAAUCUGUCCUCAGCCACCAGAAAAUAUAUGAAAGAUCAUCCCAAGGAAUCAAAUGCUAGGUCACAAAAUUCUCCCUCAAUUGAUUCUCCAGAUCACUUUGUGGAAAAAGAGCAAGGAGCCAGUACACCCGAUUCUACAGAUAGACCUUUUGUUGCUGGAGUUCUAUUGGAUGAUAAUGCCCCGCCUUCAGAGAAUGGUGCUAGCCGAUUGGCUGCUUCCUAUGGAACUAUGUCUGGCACUACACCAGUAAACCAGGAUAAUGAAGAAGUGAGCACUAAUGAUGUCCACUAUGUCCAGUAGUGGUCACUUUACACCAAGGAAUCAAUGCCUUCUAAUCGUAGAACUCCAAGAAAUGUAGAAAGCUACCAUAGUUAUACCAAAGCUUCCACACUGAAUAUAAAAUCAUUAUGUUUUGAUAGAAAAAAAAAACUCUCUGCAAGAUCUUCAUAUCAUCUGAUUUUAAUGACGCAUAAUUUUAUCAGAAAGGGCAUGUUUAACACACAAAAGCAAAUAUGUAAGAAAGCUUUAAAACUACCUUAAAGAAAAACUAAAUAUUUAUGUACUAGUGCUAGAAUCUAGGAAAAAGUUAGGUUGAUAUUUGUAUUACACAGACAGUGCCUCUGGUAUUUAAAACAGCCAAAUGCCAAAAGUCGUGCUCAAAAAUAAACCUUCUGGAGUCAAAUAUACAACUAUGUACAUGAAUAUAUUAUUGUACAUGAAAUGUGACAUGUUUAAUAAGUAAACUAUAUUUUUGAAUUGGAUUUUGAAAAAUUGCUUGAAUUAAGACAAUUAAUACAUCAAACAUGUAUCUAGUUGUUUCAGUUUUGAAGUUUG